AUGCAUGAUGGUUUUGAGAAGAUUUACUUUAAUAAUUCCGUUACCGAAAACACUGAGUUGUCUUGCAUUAAUAGCACUAUGUUUAAUGACUUGCAUUUUCAAAAUGAAAUAGAACACGAGAUGGCUUUAUGGUUACCUUUUGGCCUCCAUCCUGUGAUUAUAAGAAACUUAUACUUAUUGGGUUUUAAAGCUCCCACAGAGAUCCAGAAUCUGACACUUACAGCCGCUCUUUUAAAACAAAGUGAUAUUAUGGGAGCCGCUGAAACGGGCUCAGGAAAAACUUUAGCUUACGGUUUAGCUGUUCUCAACGACUUACUUUACUUUAUGGAGUCUUCACUUAAAGAACAAGAAACACGACUUUUAUCUUUAAUAUUGGCACCGACAAGAGAACUAACACAGCAAGUUUAUAAUCAUUUAACAUCUGUUAUGAAAGGGACCAGUCUGAGAAUGAUGCUGAUAGUAGGUGGGCUUGCAAAGGAAAAGCAGGCACGUCUUCUCUCCCGUAAGCCUCAUAUUAUAGUUGCUACGCCUGGACGACUGUGGGAGUUUAUCGAUUCAAGUGAGCCUCACGUUAGCGAUUUGACGGGUCUACGUCAUCUUGUAAUUGACGAAGCCGAUCGCAUGGCAACUCCCGGCUGCUAUAAAGAGCUCGCUUUCAUUCUCAAUCGUUUACCUGUGAAUAAACUUGGAAAUGUAAAAAAAUUUUCACUAGACAACUACAGCCAAAAACAUAAAAAGCUUAAAGCCGAAGUGGACUACUGCCCUUCUACAGGCUCAUACGAACGAAGAACUUAUUUGUUCAGCGCCACGUUGACUCGUGAAUCCACUAAAAUACGAUAUAAAAGUAUGAACAAAGUGGAAGGCGUAGUCUCUACAUUGGAAUCGGUAAAAAAAUUAAUAAAUUUACGUCCAAACUGUGAAGUGAUCGACCUUUCCAGCGGGUUGGGUGUCGCGCUUGCACUGAGCGAAGCGAAAAUUACGUGUUUAAAAGAAGAAAAAGAUAUUUACCUCUAUUACUUGCAUUUGAAGCAUCCUGGAAGAACACUUGUAUUUUGCAAUAGCAUUGAUUGCCUAAAGCAUGUCAGUUCUCUAAUGAAAGUUUUAAAAAUAGUAACUUAUCCACUUCAUGCCAACAUGCCUCAACGGCAGCGCCUUAAAAAUCUUGACCGUUUUAAAAGGUGCCAAACUUGUUUACUUGUAGCCACUGACGUUGCUGCGCGUGGUUUGGAUAUAAAAGGUGUCGAACACGUUAUUCAUUACCAACUUCCACGCUCAACAGAGCUUUACAUACACCGAAGCGGGAGAACUGCACGAGCAAAUUCUGAAGGCCUCAGUUUAAUGCUAAUUAGCCCUGAAGAGAUCCCAAAAUACAAAAUGAUUUGUAGGGAACUUAAAAAAGAUUCGGACUACGAGGAGUUUCCGGUUGACUCGAGUUACUUUCCAUUGGUUCAGAAAAGAAUAAAAAUUGCAAGAAAACUUGAAACUCUCCUAUUUACUUUCCAAAAAAAACAAAAGGAAAAGUUUUGGCUCCAGAAAGCUGCAAAAGACUUGGAACAUGAUAUUAACGAUGAAGAUUCUGAGGAAAGCCUCGUCAAAAAUAAUUAUGAAGUUCAAAAGUUCGAACUACAAAGCAAACUUGACACUUUACUAGAAAAACCUUUAGUCCCGCCGCACGUGGCUCGCCAUCGUCAUAAUUACCAAUUACUUGUAGAUUCGAAUUUAUCAAAAGAUUCAGAAGUUUCAGCUGUUGAGAUUGUGAAGAAAAAAAUCAAUUCCAGAACGCAUAAAAUAUUAAAUUGUGUUUAA